AUGAUCCCUCAGACGCCUUCUUUAAUGGUCCCGCCAGACAGUUCGGCCCAACAACUCCUGCGCCUAGGGAAGCCGUUCGUCGAAUUUCCGAGAUUUAGCAUCCUUGCGCUCCAGGAAGAAAAGGACCAGGAUGGGAACCCCCUUCCCUUCUCUGAGUGGCUUACCAAACGCCUUCAGUCCGGCCAACCUUUUGUCAUCGCCGACUUUGACAAGUUGGAGACUUGGCCCGUCUCCGAUCAGCACGAUGGACACCAACCAGGCUUCGGAAUUGAGAGGCUGAUUGAGCUAAGCACCAAGAAGAACAUACCUAUACGCAACUGCAGUACCGGUCGAGACUUGUCGUUCACGCUGAAAAAGUUCGCCGACAGUGCCAGACAGUCGUACCCCGAAUUCCAAAAUCUGUAUGCUCGAGAUUUGCAAUGUCCCCAGGAAUGGUUGGAGCAGUGUCGCCGAAUCUUACCCACCGAGGUGCAAUGGGGUGGUCGUCUGGAUCUCUUUCAAUGGCUGCCACUAUGUGCGCGGAGCGAAGUCAUGAUGGCGUACGUGGGCAGCGAAGGAAGCAGCUCAGGCUUCCACCGAUGCUUCUCCAGCACGGUGGCUCUGAACCUGCUUGUCGAGUCCGAUGAUCGGCCUGUCGUCUGCAUCGGCACAGACUUCGAUUCUCAGAAGAAGUACGACUCUUUCAUGUCUGCGCAUGGGGCGUCGCCGCACCUAGAUUGGCUCAAUCUCGGCUCGGAGGAGCUCCUCAAGGCCGAUUUCCCUAUUUAUGCCUACGACCAACGGGUUGGCGACCUCGUGGUCUUCCCUCCUGCCACCGCGCAUCAAGUCUGGAAUCCGGCGACAUUGUCUGCAAAGCUAGUCUGGAACAUCCUCCACCCUCUCUCACUCGAGGUCGGCUUCGACUAUGUGCAAGCCCCCUUCAACCGGUUGUGCCACCCCGACGUUGCGAGGACAAAUCUCUCGUUGGCAUGCGCAAUGCUAUCACUUCUCCAAGACAACCAGACAAUGAGCAAUUCAUUGUUACCGUUGCCGCCCGAUCUACCAUUGCUUUCACGGUUGUUCCGGCAGAUGGUGCAUGACGAAACGAUCGAGCCUCCGGCUAUAACACCAAUAACUUUGGCUUCCAUACAAACAGGGACCAUCGCAACGUGCAACUUCUGCAGCACAGCCAUCUGGAACCGUCAUGUACGGUGUACCCAAUGCACAGACUUCGACCUCUGCCUCCUCUGUUACCUCAACGGACGUUCUUGUGAGCACUUUCAGUCAUAUGUAUGGGCGGAGCUGAUACCCGCCGAGAAAUGCACCAGGGUCCUGAACAGGGCACGGGAGAUUCUCGGAUUCCAGCCAGAAGAGCCACGGACUUUGGACAAACGAAAGGCGCUGGGGACAGCCGUUAAUGAUCUCAUGCGGGCCAAAAUGUCGUCCACCACAAGGCUGUGCCAUCUAUGUCGCAUUGACCACCAGGAAUGGAAAGGUCGUCGUUGUGACAGGUGCACCGCCUUCUUCUGCUUCCGGGGACUGUUCCGGCAUUUUGACGAGUAUCCUGCCGAGGUCCUUCGCCACAAGGGAUUGUGGACGUGCCCCAAGUGCACCGAGACGUGCAAUUGUCGGUGUUGUCAUUUUGCGACGGCAUACGUGAAAAGCGAGAAACCUGCCAGUAAGAGGAGAGUCAAAGCAUGUGAUUCCCGUGGUAAGGUUAUGGGCUUUGCAGAUAACGUCUUCGAUCAGAGACGUGGUGGAAGACGAGAGAGCAAUCCCAACGGCACCGGAACCAGCAGCGAACAGCUGCCUGGAUUGGCACAGGUCUCGGGCAAGAAGCGAACAAUAUCUUCAUCAGCCGAGCCUGGACCAGCGACGCCUCUACGCAAGAUCGAGCUGCCUACACCAGAGCCCGACUUCUCCAGUUCCAGAUUGGCCUUUUCGCGUGAAAGCUCGGACUACUUGAUGGAUGUGCCCUUUUCAAGUGCGAACGGCGCAUUCUCGGCGCUGUUGCCAGGUGUGAAGACAAUCACGGAUGGCCAUGAUUUCGCGAUGAGCCCGACGGACGAACGAUAUUCAAGAGUGAGCACGUCGCCGGGGAUUGCAUCGCUUGCUUCCACAACAAUGGGGACGAGUCGCAUACCGGGCCUUCACCACAACCAGAACAACACGCUUCCACCAAUUCUUGGACAUGCGUCGUCCGCCAGCACGGGUCUAUCUAUCCCACCGCGCAGUUCGGUGGAUACUUUCAGCACGCCAUCGUCAGCCCCUACCACGUCCCCCACCAAAAGUGUCCCUGUUACCGACACAAAGACACCAACAGCCGCCCUGGACGCUUCAAUUGCAGAGCUCGAAACCCAACUCAUCAAACUGAAGAAGUACGAAGAAGAGUUCAUCGCUUUGAACCUAGACGAUAGCCGCAAAAUGCUCGCGAGCGAGGUGGCCGAGUUAGAGAGCCAGAUCAAAGCGAAGAAACGAGAAAAAGGCCUGAUUCUCAUCGAAAGGCUGAAGAAGGAAGGGUUUGGUGGUCUGGCAGCCUCAGUUGGUAAAGAAGUUGGCUUAGGGAUCGACGCAUAG